AUUUCACCGACGUCCGCCCCCAAUUCCCCUGCUCCAGCGGCGGCGGCGGCGAGCCCGUCCUCCAGGCAGGCCCGAAAGCCGACAGCUUCCGGAUCCGGGUCCGGUUCGGGUCUCACUCUAUCGGCCGGUCCCGGCGGAGCGCUUCCGAUUGGCUGGACUACCUCGCCUUUGGCUGCUCCCUACGGCUCCCCGUUCGACGAGUACGGCAGGGAUUGGGAGUGGGUUUCCGCCGACGGGAGCUCUUGCGACGAUAAGGAGGUUAUCUAUGGGUUGGCCGACGAGUACUUGGCACUCGCCCCGCCGCCGUCGGCGGACGAAGUUCACGCAGCUGUCGAUGAACUCUCCGAGUUUGUUGGUUCUGGACGAUACAAGAGUCUAAUUCGUGAUAGGUAUGGGAACGAGAGGAUUGACGACGAGAUUUGGGGGAGGCCUAAGUUUGCUUCUUCUUCUUCAAUUGGAUUAGAGCUGGACUGGAAGGAGCCAUCUCCAAACCUCGCCGCCGAUAGCUGGUCCCGCCGCCACGUAUUCAUCAGGAACUGCUACUCCGUCUCGCCAGAGAUCGUCGCCCGCCGGUUCCCGAGGAUUAGGAGCGUCACGCUGAAGGGGAAGCCUCGGUUUUCCGACUUCAAUCUCGUCCCCGAUACCUGGAGCGCCGACGUCCAUGAGCUUCGCCUCUGGGUGUCCAUUUUUAUAAUC